AGGGUUGUGACCGUGUGAGCUAUAGUAUUGGUCAGACAGCGGCAAGAUGAUGAUAACGGUAGUACUGGUGGCAGUGUUGGCGGUCCUUCUCACGCACUUCCUUUGGAGACGCAAGAACCACUUUCAGUUGCUGGCGAGGAAUGGCAUCCCGACACCCAAAUACCACUGGCUCCUGGGUCACAUGGAGCAAACAUUCUACAGCCCCGGCAAGCGGUCAGUGGUGGAGGUAAAACAUGAAUGGCUGCAACUGUAUGGCAAAGUAGUCGGGUUCUACUCUGGAGCUAUACCCCGCGUCCUGGUGGCUGAUCUGGAUAUGCUCAAACACAUUCUCGUGAAAGACAUCAAUAACUUCGUCAACCGAUCUUUCUUCGGAACAGACAAGAAAAUGUUGAUCUUUUUGAGAGACCAACAGUGGAAGGAUGUGAGGCGAAUCAUGACCCCGGUGUUCUCCAGCGCAAAGAUGAAGAAAAUGAUGCCGCUGAUGGGCGGGUGUGUAGAGGAACUGAUGGACAUGUAUGAAACAGCCGCCGACUCUGGCCAACCCAUUGACAUGAUGGAGGCUUUUCAGUGUCUCACCAUGGAUGUCAUCAAUCGCUGUGCUAUCACUCUCGAUAUCAACUGCAUCAAGAACCCAAAGAAUGAGGUGCUGGCAUUCAUGAGGAAGUACGUGAGUCAGCCCAUACCUUGCAUCUUCAAGUUCAUUGUGGCUUUCCCUAUGUUGUAUGACCUGAUCCGUCUCCUCAUCCCGGAGAACAAACGUAACAACAUCACCUUCAUAGAGGAGCAUCUGACCAAGGUCGUAAAGCAACGCAGAGAACAGACACAGGCGACUGUAGUGGACGGGCUACAACUCCUUGUGGACGCCGCUGAUGCGAACGUUGAUGCCUCCAAAACCAAACUGACAGACGAAGAGGUAGUGGACAACGCGUUCCUAUUCCUACUGGCUGGAUUUGAGACAACGAGUACCGCCCUCACCUACACCUCCUACCUACUAGCCCUCAACCCUGACAUCCAAGAGAAGAUCUUCCAAGAGGUGGAGGAGGUAGUGGGUCUUGAGCGCGCUCCAUCCUAUGAAGAUUUAAGUAAGCUGGUGUACACGGAGGCAGUAGCAUUGGAAUCGACCAGGAUGUAUCCACCAGUGACGGGCUUCAUCACUCGCCAAGCGACGCAGGACUGGCAAUACGGCCCAUACACCAUCCCUGCUGGCACCGAGGUGGAGGUCCCUGUCUGGUCCAUCCAUCACAACCCUGAACUCUACCCUCAACCUGAACUAUUUAAGCCUGAGAGGUUCCUCCCUAAGGCCAAGAAAGACCGUCACACUAUGGCCUACCUUGGCUUCGGAGGUGGCCCACGCAACUGUCUAGGCUUGAGGUUUGCCUUGAUGGAGAUGAAAUUGGUUCUCAGUUCUGUUAUACAGCGUUUCUACAUAAAACCUUGCUCACACACCAAGGUACCCCUAACCUUGGUGACUCGUAACGUGUUCACCAACCCAGAUGAAGGUGUGUGGCUCACUCUACACAGACGCACCACUGACUUACCUCACCACUACCAGCCUCCAACGCAGGUACUGUACAAUAGACUCUGUCAAGUACCACUAACAAAAUAAAGUAUUAGUUUCAUUAUAUUGUUUCUUAAUAACAAGGACAAAUUGAUAUACAAGGUCCAGCAUGUUCUUUGAAUACGCCCUGGCUUCAACAAUUCAAAAGGUCUUUAGUCCAAAUAGGCCCCAACCUAACCUAACCAUUUGGACUGAUGCCAGUUCUCAAGGGCCCCCAGUCCUUGCUGCCUUACUCAUCCUCUUCACCCCAUGCAGUCGGGCAGUCGUUCUGUUCUAUUACACGCUGUUGGUAAUUUUCUGGACAUGUAUGAGCAUAGGUAAGGCUGGGGCUUUUAGAACAAGGCUACUCACCUUCCUUUGUGUACAUAUAACUAUUAUUCUUUCUUGUUCAUCACCAUGGGUAUAAGUUGUUUGUCAUCC